UGGUUGGCUACGUCAGUGGUUAGGGUAAUUGGUUUUUAUCACAGUGUUUGGCCUGAUCCGACCCGAUUUACUACUGAGCGCGCGCAUCACAUUUUAAAUCUUGCCGCUCGAUCCAGGUCGGUGCCAGUUAGCUGUGGUUCGAUGGCGAGGGGGAAAUUUUCUCAAGGCCGCCGGCUGUCCUAUGGAAACUGGCCCAGAUUUCCUUCGGCGCGGUACAGAGCGGUACCAUCUGCUCAUUCUGAGUAUCACAAUGUGAGACUAACGACUUGUUGACCGACAGUGACCUGGCGGCUAUUCGUACAACUAUUUACAAGGGGGUCUUGUGACUCCGAUCGGGUAAGUUGCUUCGCCCCAACUGUUCGCUUUUGUCUGCCUCGCUUUGCUGCCGGAAUUGUGCCUCUGUGUUUAGUAAGAAAAGCAAAAAAAAACUCAGAUUGUGCGUGCUUCUGGCGUUGUUAUUACAACCACUGCGAAUAGAUUCUGCCCGAUCGCUGGUGAUGAACUCGAAUGAUGGUCGUUCUGCCAAGAACAGGGCAAUCGUGAGAAGAACGAAAACAUGCGACGGCUGGUUUGUGUAUAAGUUGGCUUUCGUGGCGUCGCUGGUGUCGCUGCUGUUGGUAUCUUCUGCGCGGUUGUGUUUAGCUCCGCGAGUGUGUUUGUGUGUGAGGAUACACCGAGCCUAGGGACUAUGCCCCUUAUAUAUAUGUGGUAAAACUGUCGUGUAUUCUCCUGCGCCAUUUGCAUUUUCAAGGCUUUGCAAUAAUUUCGCGCCUACCCCUGCUCGUCAAUCCACCAAUUCUGUAAGAGAAUGUCUCACGCCGCCUUCUUUUAAUAUUACUGCGGGGUAACUAUCCAGCUACUGUACUGUGUGCGCGAACGUACUGUGUGCGGGGGUAUUCGUUCGCUCCCUCACCUUCGCGGCUUUCCCGCCGCCUCCGUCCAGCGCCACCGUCGAUACCGCUACCAUCAUGUUGUCGCGCGCUAUGACGUCACUGGCCGACGCCGCUGGCUCAGGACUGAGCGGCCGUAGCAGCCAACGCAGCGCUGCUGCCGCCGCUGCAGCUCAGCUGACUGCUAAAGCCACGGCGACAGCCAAAGCGACAGGGGCCGUAAUAGGAACAACGACAAGAAUUGUUGUUGCGGUAAACAGUAACAGGGGAACAGCUAUCACUGGAAUAACGACGUGUACCGCUGAUUCUGUUCCAACGGCCGUCAGAACCUCUUCAUUGGCGGCUUCCAGUACGUCGAUACAAGCGGCAACACAGUCAGCCUUACAGUUACAAAAGACUGUGCCCCUGUUUUCUUUUAGUAAACUUGGAACCGCACAGCGAUCCUCGCAAAAGGUCUGGCAGCAACAGCUAUUUCAGCAACUUCAUACGACUUCAACAAAGAUGGAGGGUAAUGUGAUCAGAUUUGAGGACACUAACAAGAAUCUCCGUGUGAUGGAGUACGCAGUCCGAGGUCCAAUUGUGAUCCGGGCAGGCGAAAUCGAGCGUCAGCUCAAGGACAAGCCGGGGUCACUUCCAUUUAAACAGGUGAUACGUAGCAACAUUGGAGACUGCCAUGCAACGGGCCAAAAAGCGAUCACUUUCAUUCGACAAGUUCUUGCCACGUGCGUACUGCCAGAUCAGUUUUUAAGCUCGGAUACAUUCCCGUCCGAUGUGCGCAAGCGUGCCAGACUAAUAUUGGAGUCCUGUGGAGGCCAAUCCGUUGGAGCAUAUAGUGACAGCGCGGGUGUUCCAAUCAUCAAACAGCACGUUGCGGAAUUUAUUUCAAAUCGAGAUGGAGUUGACACUCGACCUGAAAACAUUGUGCUUCAGGGCGGAGCUAGCGAAGCAAUCAGGUCAGUCCUGUCAUUGUUGAACGAGCCGAUUAAUGGGCAGCAGCCCGGAGUUAUGAUCCCUAUUCCGCAGUAUCCUCUAUAUACGGCGACCUUGGCAGAAUAUGAUAUGGGACAGAUUCCGUACUAUCUAGACGAGGACAAUAAUUGGGCUUUGAAUAUUAGCGAGUUGGAGCGCUCAAUUAAGGACGCCAAAAGAAAGUGUAUUUACCCUAGGGCCAUCGUUAUCAUUAAUCCCGGCAACCCUACUGGAUCGGUACUAUCCGAAGCAAACAUUAAGGAAAUCAUCAAAUUUGCGCACAAAUACAAGCUUGUGCUCUUAGCUGAUGAAGUGUACCAGCACAAUGUCUGGAUUGGGAAGUUUUAUUCGUUCCGGAAAGUGCAUUACGAGAUGGGAGCUCCUUUCAACAAAUCUGAACUUGUGUCGUUCAUGUCAUGUUCAAAAGGGUUCAUGGGAGAGUGCGGUCUUCGUGGAGGUUAUAUGGAACUCGUGAAUUUCGACCCUGAAGUAAAGAAAGUACUUUUGAAGUCAAUUUCUGCCAAAUUAUGUUCGACAGUCUUGGGACAGGCUGCAAUGGAUUGUGUUGUCAAGCCACCAGUCCAGGGCGACCCGUCAUAUGAAUUGUUUGUUAAAGAAAAGGAAGCUGUUCUUGAGCAGCUUCGCAUCAAAGCAAAAAUGGUGGCUAGUACAUUCAAUACAUUUGAAGGCUUCAAAUGUAAUCCAGUUGCUGGGGCAAUGUACGCUUUCCCCAGGCUCUCGCUUCCGCAGAGGGCCAUUAAAAAGGCUGAAUCUCUAAAUCAGCAACCAGACUUUUUUUAUGUUAAACAGUUACUGGAAGAGACCGGUAUAUGCGUUGUUCCUGGCUCCGGGUUCGGCCAGAAGCCCGGUACAUUUCACUUUAGAACCACAAUUCUUCCUCCAACGGAUCAGUUAAAGGAGAUGCUAUACUUGUUCAGAAACUUCCACCAGAAGUUUAUGAAAGAGUAUAAAUAAGUUGGUGUAAUGGUGCCGACAAGCCAGUCACUAGACAUUCCUUAUAGUAAAAGAGCCAACCUAAAAAUACUUUAAGCUUCGAUAUGUUAGCAGAAGCUGUUCCUAGGAGGAGAUAAAGGGCUCCUAUAAGAAAUGGAUUAUACUCUACACACAGCCUAUUAGGUCAUUGAAGAAAUGCAAAAGUCAUGUUAUCAUGUUAGUCAUCCAUCUGGAGGGAACACCCCCGACGGUCCUUCUUUUUUGAGUGGAUUUAAAGAUGCACCUGCGGUCAAUUAAGAACUUUUUGAUAAUUGAACAGCCAUUGAACAAACAGUCUUUCAAAAAUUAGAAUACCUAACAAGCUCACUUUAAGGAACCAAUCUGCCGAUAAUAUUAAGGUAAAAGUAUAUUUUUUUUAGGUUAUCACGAAUAGAAUAGGCGGCAAAACACUCUAAGCGUUUUUGGCAGGGGUUGUUUUGUUGAAUGGUGUGUAGAACUAGGCCGGAAACUCCAAGCAACACGAUUUUACCUACUAUAUGAACGAUUUCAAGCUAAAUUAACGGAUCGAGCGUUAAAAAUGUUAGAUUUUGUUAGAGGUACCUUCCAAAGCAGGAUUUUCCAUUUCUAGCAAUAUUGCCAAGGCUUUUAAUUAAAAUCAAUUUUUUAUUUUACUAGUUUGCUGUUUGCAAAUACUAAAGAUACGCCUCAGAAAUAAUACUUAUUAUAGUCCUACUGUAAAACUAUAUCAGGAAUGCCCAGUCCACAGCUAAAAGGUUCUGGCCGGUGCUAGCAUUUCAUAGAAUAACGAUAUUGUUUUAGAGACUUGUUUUAAACAAAAUAAUCCUUUCAAUCUAUUUAACGAAGAUGUCAGAUGAUGAAAGCCACUUCAUAUAGAUUAUUGCAAGCAAAUACGGAAUCUACAUAAUACUUUAUGUGAUUUUUCUAAGAAAUAAACAGUAAAUGGGCUGUUUUUUUAGACACCUUUUUCUUAAAUGCGUUGAAUGUGUGUAUGCUUUAGUGGGCUUACGCUUUGAAAAAAGUUUAUUGAAAAAAUGAUUUCCUUCAUUCUCAGGUCUGUUAUCAACGAAGUUUUCCUUAUCAAUCACAGUGAAAUGUUCUUUACAAAGGUACAUCAAUAAACAGGUUUCUUUUCAUUUAAACACUAUCUGUUGAUCUCGAGUGUGGUCGCUCAUAUAUUUAUAGUUAUAUAACGUAAUCCGCCUAGGGACUCCUAAAUAUUCACCUCGAUUUUGUUCGAAUAUGUCUUUAACAUGUUGUUAGUAACCGUUAUUAUUAUUAUUAUUGUUAUUAUUAUAGCAUCGACCCUCAAUUCUAUUCUUUUGGUUUCAAGCAAUAUUAUCUGUGACUAUACAAAAAUUAUAGGAGCAGGCAAAACGAUAACAAAUCAAUACUGCACACACGUAUAUCGUGACAGAUGCACCUAGAACGUAGUAUAAAAGGUACAACUGCGACUCAACUAGCGCCACGCGAUAUGGUGUCGUUCUGUAUAAACGUCAGCUGACAUGAUAUAUAUAUAUCGAUAGUGAAAUUAUAAAGAUGGAAUUUGCACAUAUGAUGCUACAAAAGUACUGUGAAUGAGUUUACUUAACUUAUUUUUCUAUAUUUUAAAUCGAUAAUAGUGAUAACGUUUGACGGCGUUGUUGUCACAAAGCUAGAAAUAAUAAAUUCAUAACAGUGGUGUGGAUGUUAGUUUAGCCAAGCCUGCUUGGUGUCUUCAUUGACCAAAUGACGAGGAAUUAUUUGGAAUUGCCUUCCCAUUGUAUUGGUUUAUUGUUACAACCUAGAUACAUGAAAUCAAAUGUUAGGCUCUGCCUUUUAUUGCUUCGUUAGAAGCAUUUUUUUGGAUACUAAUAAAACCCUCAAGCUCUGCCGUGGUUUUUGCAUUUCGUACCUGCAGUCGUCUUUGAUGAAAUCCAAUUAAACAGCUUUUCUUUUUUCUUUUGUAGUCUGAAUAUGAACACACAAAUUGAUCUCAUAUUAAUUAUCUAUUUGUUAGAGAGAUUUCCGCGAAUUUUACGUUUAAAACCGCGUUAUAUACUAAAUUAGCAGUUUUGUUGGCUCCCCGUGAACGACGUGGGGGUUCAUUUAGGUCAAAUAUUUGCGUACAGCAACUACUGAUAAACAAACGACAACCGCAUUUUGCGAAGAUCAAAUUGAAUAUUGAUAAUCGUUGGUUUCAAAUGUCUAGGUUAGCAAGAUUGUAAAUAUCUUUAUCAGAGUAAAUAUUUACAGUAGAACUUGGUUCAGCAUUAUUUUCACAUGAAUACGUCUAUUAAUAGAACAGGCGUUAACUAUCAGCAGCGUGUUUAUUUGCGUGUUGUGUUUCACUAUCGACCAACCUGUUGUCUAAUUUAAUCAGAAGACUGGCCAUGAGUUAUGAGAUUACUGUUGAUAAUGUUAAUAUCCUGCCCCAAUGCAACACUUAGUCUGGUGUUUACAAGCAACGACUUAGACAGUACAUCUUUCAGCGCGAUAUUUCAUCUAGCAUGUAUUUCGAACAUGCAAAGUUAAAAACAUUUGUAAAUAUAAACGUAUCCAACCUCCAACAGAAAUGUCUCGUAUGCUUAGUCAGCUUUUGAAAAUAGUCUAUACGUUGAAACAAGGUGGUGCUACCCUGCUUUACGACGAGAUAUAUAAUUACCAUCAGCUAUAGGCACAAUCAACCUAUAGUGAUAAGUGUGAAGUUUUCUGUUGUUAUUAGAUUAAUGUAUGUAUCAAUGAAGUUCAUGCCUUUCGUUCUGUUUAGAAGAAGUAUCGAUGUAAUAUCGACGAAAUCAUUUUGGUUCAUUUAUUCGUAAACUCUGCUCGAGGAAGGCAAAUCUGGUAUUAAAGUAAAUAGCUGUGAAUAAAUAUAAUGUAAGCGCAGUCUCCUGGUGGAUAAAAAAAACUGUGUUUAAAUAUGAUGGAGUUCUAACCAAUGUACAUCGCCGUAUAAUAAGCUCAACCAAUUAAAAGUACGUAUAUACUUACUGGAGCUGCUAGUGUCUAACAAAGUUACUGAGAGACCAUUUUACUGAUAAUAAACUAUAGCUUUCUUCGAUAUUUAAGCACCUUGACCUUAUGUGCCAUAUACACACAGCGCCAGCAGAACCAUCGAUGACUCAGCAGUAAUACUCUGUAAAAACUGAUCGAAAGUACCAGCAAAAGAAACAGAAAAAAACCUUACAUUUUCAACUUAUUUCGUAAAAAACCUAGACAAUGAUAUUUAAGGUCUCUGAACUCAGAACGAUAUAUUUAUAGGGAAGUUUUAUUGACACUAUUUGGCAGCUUUUCGAGUGAAGGUUUAAAUUUUAUACUACAUUGAUGUAAUACAAAACGUUUUCCAUAUGCUUAAUUUGAUCGUAAAUAACAGUAUGCAAACAUGAAAGAGAUACUAUAAACAACGAAUUUUUUAUUUAUUGAAUUUCAUUUAAUAAUAGGUUAUUAAUAAUAAUAAAUAAUAGGUUACUCGUGGGUGACGGAUUGGUAGAAAUUCUGUGUGACCUUGACGAGACCGGCAACAAUUCUGACAUGAUACAUUUUUCUAGGGUUGGCGGACUGUUUCUAGCAAAUCGAUCGCAGUAGAUCUCUAGCGCAAGGCCUAGGUAUGUUUUGACACCUCUGUGCAACAUAAUUGUCUCUGGAAUCUGACACUUUCAUGUUUUCCAGAGGAUGCAAGUGCAGCAAGGCAUCACAGAUAAUCAUCAUCGCUGUAAUUGAUUUUGGAGAUUAUUCUGUCAGUGCUUGCUUUUACAUAAAACAACCGAAGCUGUCAGAAAAGAAAUAUUAUAAAUAAAAAAAAAAAUACUACUUAUAAUGUUUCGAGAUAUUUGACAU